UAUUAUCAAGCCGUGGCUAGGAACAGGGUUGUUGAUAGCUCCUGCAUCCAAAUGGGUCAAACAUCGAAGAAUGUUAGCGAUGAGCUUCAAUACAAACAUAUUACGAGUAUUCUGCGAUACAUUUGUGAAACAAGCUACAACAUUUAUUGAGAAAUUGGAACAUAUGACAAACGACGAAAUUGAUCUAAAUCAUCAUUUAACAACGUGUACGUUGGACAUGGUUUACGAUACGUUAGUGGGUAUCAAUUUGGAAUCCCAGUUAAAUAAAAAUAAUCAAUAUGUCAAAACGAUGUUGAGAUUGAGAAAUAUAGUUACGCAUAGAAUGCGGAAUGUAUUUUUAUAUCCCGAUAUGAUAUUCAAUCUCACUACUUUGAAAUGUGAGCAACAGAAACAUAUAAAUUUCAUGAACUCUAUUGCGGAAGAAAUAAUACAACAAAAGGAAGACGCGAAAAAUAAUAUGUGCUCUGUUAAAACAGAAUAUGCAAAGCCCUCAAGAAGAAUAUUUCUCGAUAUACUAAUGGAAGCAUCUAACGAAGGCAAAAAAUUUAAUCGCAAGGAAAUUCUCGAUGAGAUUAAUACAAUGGUGGGAGCGGCUUCCGACACGACUGCCAUUGCAAUGUAUUUUACGAUAUUUAUCUUGGCAAAUUUUCCAGAAAUUCAAGAAAAAGUAUACGAGGAAUUGGUGGAAAUUUAUGGCACACAAGAUCCAAAAACCGCGCCUGUGAAGUUCGAAGAUUUGCAAUUUAUGAAUUACUUGGAACGUGUUAUCAAGGAAAUAUUAAGACUUUUUCCAAUUGCACCUGUUAUAUUACGACGACUUGAUGAAAAUUUACAAAUAGGAGAAUAUAUUUUGCCGAAAGGCGCUGAAGUUUUUAUAGGAAUAAUACAUAUGCAUCGAAAUGAAAAGUAUUGGCCAAAUGCGUUAACGUUCGAUCCAGAUAGAUUUCUUCCGGAGAACAUAAAAAAUAUACAUCCUUAUUGUUACAUACCCUUUAGUAACGGUCCAAGGAACUGUAUAGGUUCAAGGUAUGGAAUGAUGUCUAUGAAAGUCGUCAUUUCAACUUUAUUGCGUACAUUCGUAUUAAAAGUGGACAGAAGGAUGGAAAUAAAUGAAAUAGAGUUGAAGAUGGAAAUGCUAUUAGGAUCCCGUAAGCCUUUAAAAGUCAGGAUUGAGAAGAGGAAUUAACAGCACAAUAUUGUAAAAAUAUAUACGCAGUGAGGAAUAGAAAAUAGAA